AAUAUAUUAUUUCAGCUGUAAUUCUUUCUAAGCUACAUGAAUGUUUAUAGUAGACCGAUAUACAUAUUGUUAAAUCUACUCCCAUUCCCAACCCUUUGAAAACACCCUGCAACGCGGCUGUCUGAGGUUACAAAUAAAUGUUCAAGAACUUGAACGUACCCCCGGUAAGCUGCACGAACGGGUUCCUAAAACCCAAACAAACACCAAAACGCCAAUGGACAGGAGGGACAUAGCAUGAAGAAAGUAUUACAACGCUAUUCGUCGAUGGAAUAUUAAUAGUCAAAAUAUAUUUUUGGGAAUAAUAUUUCGUGAAAAGGGUAUUGCUUGAUAUAGAAGGUCCCCUUCUGCAGAAGUUUAGAUAUUACUACAUGUGAAAGCAAAUCUACAACAGAAUCGAACCGAACAGAACAUAUUUGGAUUAACUGCACAGAACCUGUCCUUUGUGUUGAGCUUUGAAUCUUAAACCAAAUUAAGUUCACAACUAUCUGACACAUGCUCCAUUUGUUUCUUCGCUUUAUUUGCUUUGAGGAAAGGAAAAUAUUUGUGUUUGCGUUUCAGAGGUUCCCUCGUUUAUGGAAAAUCUUCUAUUUGUCACUUGACAAAGGAGUCCGAGGUGCGUUGUGACCCUGCUUUAAGAGCUGUUUCGCUGUCAGUGCUCCAUCAUCUGUGAAAUCUGGGCUAUUGCACUGUCUUCCCGCAACCACACAACCACGGCUGAUUCUACCAGCAGUUAACAGAUACAAAUAUAAUAGGACGGAUGAAGAGAGCGACCAACCUAACCAGCCAUUGAGACACUGUUGUCCUUAGCAUGCUUUCUGAUUUCACUGACCACUGUUGAAGAUUGUCAGAAAUGUAACAUUGGAUUCUACUGCCUUUACUGUCAUGUGACUUUAAUACUAGACACCUUUUUUUUUUCUUCAACACCGGACAGCCUUUGACUAGUUUAAUGUGGUGAACUGUUUAAGUUACCUUCUUUGGAAUAAAAAGACUGUCUCUAAAUCAAUUUAUUUUCUGCAUGUGUUGGGGUAUAGCCUAAAAUGACUUGGUGAAAGGUGAGCCUUUCAGUCUUAGAGCUGGCACUCAUUGGAAGGAGAAGAGCCGGGACCUUCUUCCAGCCCUUCUGAUGUCAUUGUGGAACUGUCCUGUUCACACUGACAGAGUUCCAUGCCCCAGAGCUUCCAAUCUAUUCAGACAACCAGCACCUGCCUCUUCCAUUGGACAGUUUACCUUCCAGUCUACUGAGCCCACCAAUCGGAACCUUCAGUUGACACAUCAAGCAGGUUCCAUGUGUCUCUGCUCCUGACAAAGAAUCCUACCUGCUUUAUUUGAGUGAUCAGAAGGAAUUGUGGUGGUACCGGCAUUCAUAAACCGUUGUCUCACAGCAUCCGUAUCAGAAGUCCAAAACCAUCAAGUCCACCUCCUGGGUAACUUUACCCCUGAAUAAACCCCAGGCUUCUGGAUCAUCAUUCCAGAUCAUCCCAGAACUCUGUGACCCGUCUCCCCACAUUUCACCCUGGACGACGGGGUCUGCCUCUGGGGAAAGGGGCUGUUCUGUCCUGGAGGAGGGGGGCUCGGCAGCGGGGUACUGCUCUCCACCACCCCCUCUGUGACCAGUGGUGUGUCUGUGAGCAGGCCAAAGGGAACACACCCACAGGGGAGGGGGUGUGAGACGCGGAGGAGAGGACUUCAGAGCCCAAAACUCUGGGGAUCCUUGCCAUGAGGUUUGAUGCCUCGAUCCACUGACCAGAGACACUGGACCUAAAUGGCGCAGCAUGACUUUGUUCCUGCCUGGCUUAACUUCUCCACGCCCAAGCCUGCCAAGUCCCCUGCCGCCAGCCUGGAGAAGCAUGGUAACCCCCGUCACCACCGAGACAGCCGCGCUGGGAGCCGCCGCCGUCACAACUCCUCCGACGGCUUCUUCAACAACGGGCCCCUGCACACUCCUGGCGGUGACGGGUGGCAGCAGCCUUCUCUCCUCCUGAGGCAUGACUCUGUGGACUCUGGGGUGGCCAAGGGGGGGCACGGUGGCCUGGCAGGGGUUUCCAGCUGGAAGGAGGCUCCUCCCACCGGGCACAGUGCACCCCGGGGGGCCCAGGAUGGGCACCACCACCUGGGACGCCACCCCAAACGCAUCGGACCCGGGGCGGGGGACAGGCAGGGGGGGCACCGGCAGCGCAACGGCAACUUCCAUCCCCGCAAGAGUGCCCCCGGGACCCUCUACCAGGACAGGUUCCCCAACGAGGAACGCAAGCUAAAGUUUGUGGAAGAGGACUUUCCCUCCCUUAACCCUGAAACAACUGGAAAGCUUGGGAACCAGACGAGGCCAGUGGCACCACAUGCUGGAGUAUGGGAGAACCCUCCUAGUGGAAAACAGACGGUGUCUAAAAUGCUGGUGAUUAAGAAGGUUUCCAAGGAGGACCCGGGAUGCACUGCCUUCUCUGCUGGUUUCGCCAGCUCUGGAGCCCCGCCGGUCAAUGGCAGCAAAGCCCCUCCCACCAUUGCUAGCUCCACACACUCUGUCUACAGGAACCUGAUGCCCAAGCCUGCUCAGGUGCCCACCAAGCCCCCCCAGUGGAAGCCAAGCGGGAGAGACUCCACCAAACCUGGCCUCCACCUGUCCGGACGAGACUCUGUGUUCACCAGCCCUGUGUCUGCAGCUAAGCCUUCUGCCACCGCCACCGCCACCCAGCUACAUACUCACAACACCCCCAAAGAGCAGCAGCCCUCCAGUACCACUCCUCCCAUAGACAUCGGCCCGUCGGGGCGGCUGAAGCUGAUGCGGCGUGGCCCCGACCGCAAGAGUGACUUCCUGCGGACCCUGAAGGACGAGUGCACUGCCGACCUGACCUCUAGCACCAGCCCUGGGACUCCCGGACAGGUUGAGAACAGUACCCCGGAGCCAAAAGCCUACAGCCAUGAGAACGGCCUGUCUCACUCCCUCUCACUCAGCGACUCAGACACUGAGCACCUGUCCAGCUCCCUGGAGGCAGAGCACAGGUUAUUGAAGGCCAUGGGCUGGCAGGAAUAUCCAGAAAACGAUGACAGCUUCCUGCCCCUGACUGAGGAUGAGCUUAGAGAGUUCCAGACCAAAACUGAACAGCUGAAGAAGAACGGGCUCCAGAGGAACGGGCUCCUGCCCCGGGGCGCGCGAGGAGUCACGCUCCACUUCACUCCCUGGAGGUGUGUGGCUGAAGCCCACCUGGAAGAGGAUGAGGGCUCAGAGUCGGAAACCAGCAGCAGCAGCCAGACCUCAGAUGAUGAUGACGUCAACGACUACAUUAAAACCUGACAAAGUGGCUUUACACACCCAACCUUUCUUCUUCGUUUUCAAAACACCCGUUUAGACUGUUUGUCAUUUGUGCACAAGGGAAAACCAAUCACAUCCUAGUGGAGGGGGAAGGUCCUGCUUUGCCAUGCAGACAUCUUUUACCCUGCGUUGCCUCCUUCACUUCACUUCCUCCUUUCUUUCCCCUUUUCUUCCUCCUCGCUUUAUGGAACUGAGUGUUCGUCAAGAAAAGAAGGGCAAUGCACAUACGAUUCUGCUUUAAACAGACUAACUUAUCUCAUUGAUGAUGCUGACUACGACGUUAAUGAUGUUAAUAAAAUGGGUUCCUGACAUGCUGAAAUGUUUCGAUAUGAAUCAGGCCUUGCUUGU